AUGGAACAGCCACCUGGUUUCACAGUUAGAGGAAAUGAAGAGAAGGUUUACAGGCUUAGGAAAGCCUUAUACAGGCUAAAACAAGCUCCAAGGGCCUAUGAUAACUCGGUGAAGAAGUUUAAGCUGCAGAUGGAGAAAGUAUUUGAGAUGUCAAAUCUUGAAAAAAAGAGAUAUUUUCUUGGGAUGGAGAUGCUACAAGUCCAGGAAGGGAUAUUUAUCAAUCAGCAGAGUUUUGCCUUGAAGAUUUUGAAGAGGUUUUGCAUGAAGAGAUGCAAGACUGCUAAUAGAGUGCUAAGAUACAUCAAAGGAUCCGCCAACAUUGGCGAAUGGUUUGAAAAGGAACAGAUUGUUGCUCAAUCGUCAGUUGAGGCGGAGUAUGUAGCUGCAGCAGCAACAAUAAAUCAAGUUAUUUGGCUGAGAAAACUUCUUGGCGACUUGAAUAUUGUUCAGACUGAAGCAACAAAUAUUUUCUCUGAAGAUCAGUUAGCAGAUAUUCUAAGUAAGCCUCUGGGAAGGGCAAGGUUCGAAAGGCUCAGAAAGGAAAUUGGUGUUCGCAGCAGGAUGGCCAAGGAGGAGUGUUGCGAGAUGGCCAACCAUGCAACAACUCACACAAAUGGCAAACAGUCCAAAUGUGAAUUACUUGGUGGAUAA